CUGGCUUGCGCGAAGGGGUUAAAAAAAAAGAAAGCAGGGAGACGUUGGAAGUAUUUGACAGCAGCGCGAGAGGGCGAAGGGGGGGGGGCAUGAAAUCCAGUUCGGGUUUUCCCUCUCGUCCUUCCCCUCAGCCGUGCGCGAAACGUUAAAGGGCGGCGUGUGUGCGCGCGCGCGCCUGCAGCCUCGUUCUGGAGCGGGAGGGGGAGGGGUCUCUCCGUCCCUCACAGCGUCUCUCUUUUUUUUUUUUCUGUGAGGGAAGAAGCGCGAGAGCGCGCGCGUGUGAGAGAGAGAAGAGGAGAGAUACGGCGCUGCAGGCGGGGGUGGCCGAGACUCGGCUCGCCUCACACACAUAACACGCCGCUUUCCUUCGCGGAAUGUGAGGCGCGGCGGAGCCGGGCUUGUCAAGCGCAGGUUCCCACAGUAGCGGCGGCGGCGGCCUGGGGCUCCCCAGUGCGGGGCCGGGCGCUGACUGACUGGCGCGAAUCCCAGCCCCUGAGGGAAGAAGGGGCGGCUCCUUGGGCGGCGGCGGCGGCGGCGGCGGCUUCUUCUUCCCCUCGCCCCGCUCCUCCUCGGGUCUACCUCCCCGAGCUCCUCGCCCGCCAUGAAGAAGUUUUCUCGCAUGCCCAAGUCUGACGGCACCGGAGGCAGCACGAGUAGCGGCGGCGGAGGAGGUGGAGGCGGCGGAGGGACGUCGGCGGCCGUGUCGGGCUUUGUGGCCGGAGGCGGGCCGGCCGUGGGCAGCAGCAGGGUCUUCGCCGUGGGGCGCUUCCAGGUCACGGUGGAGGAGCUGCUGGCGGAAGGUGGCUUUUCCACAGUGCUACUUGUGCAUACACAUGGUGGAGUCCGAUGUGCAUUGAAACGAAUGUAUGUUAAUAAUGUGCCUGACCUCAAUAUCUGCAAAAGAGAAAUAACAAUAAUGAAAGAACUGUCUGGGCACAAGAACAUUGUAGGGUAUUUGGAUUGUGCUGUUAAUUCUGUUAGUGAUAAUGUUUGGGAAGUGCUCAUCUUAAUGGAAUACUGUCGUGCUGGGCAGGUAGUGAAUCAGAUGAACCAGAGGUUGCAGACAGGCUUUACUGAGCCAGAAGUGCUAAGGAUAUUUUGUGAUGCCUGUGAAGCUGUUGCUAGGCUGCAUCAAUGCAAAACUCCCAUUGUUCAUAGAGAUUUGAAGGUUGAGAACCUUUUGUUGAAUGACAGUGGAAACUAUGUCCUCUGUGACUUUGGCAGUGCCACUAAUAAAUUCCUUAAUUCUCAGAAAGAUGGAGUUAAUGUAGUUGAAGAAGAAAUUAAAAAGUAUACUACGUUAUCAUACAGAGCUCCUGAAAUGAUUAAUCUUUAUGGAGGGAAACCAAUUACUACCAAGGCAGAUAUCUGGGCUCUUGGUUGCUUGCUAUAUAAGCUUUGUUUCUUCACACUUCCCUUUGGUGAGAGUCAGGUUGCCAUUUGUGAUGGAAGCUUUACCAUCCCAGACAAUUCACGUUACUCCCAUGGUAUACAUUGUUUGAUAAGGUAUAUGCUUGAACCAGAUCAAGAACAGAGACCUGAUAUCUUUCAAGUUUCUUACUUUGCCUUUAAACUUGCCAAAAAGGACUGUCCAAUAUCCAAUAUCAAUAAUUCUCCUCUCCCUUCAACUCUUCCUGAGCCCCUGACAGCUAGUGAGGCUGCUGCUAAGAAAAGCCAAAUAAAAGCUCGAAUAACAGAUGCCAUUGGACCAACAGAAACCUCAAUAGCACCACGACAAAGACCAAAGGCCAAUACAAGCACUGCCACUUCUAGUGUACUAACAAUUCAGAGCUCAGCAACACCAGUCAAAGUGCCAGUCCCUAGUGAUUUCAACCAUGGACAAAAAGGAGCCUCAAAAUCUGGAAAUAGCCAAGAGAGUAUGUUGUCCCAGGGAACUAAUCAGGCCCCACAGCAAAAUAGAGUACUGCAACAACUACAGCAAGGUGACUGGAGGCUACAGCAGUUGCAUCAUCAUCACCACCACCAGCAGCAGCAACAACAAUUGAUUCAGGAUGCAUACAUGCAUCAGUAUCAACAAGCAAUGCAACAGCACAUGAUUCAACAGCAGCUUUUGAUGCGCUCUGCUUACCAGCAGCAACCUUCCCCAUCCUAUCCAGCCAUGGUGCAGCAGUACCAACAAGCUCUCCUACAUCAACAAGCCCUUGUGAAGCAGUUGCAACCUCCGAAACAUUCUCCUGAAUUUCUUGCCUCUCCUCAGGAGUUUUCACCAGCCUUAAUACCCCAUUCUAAAUCCUUUCCAACUCACGUUGGUGCAGCGUUGGACACACCUUAUACUACAAACAGGUCAUCUGCCGCUGAUGCUGAGUCUGUUUCCAGCUAUCCAAAACAGAACGUCAGUAACCCUCCUGAUAUGUCUGGCUGGAACCCGUUCGGAGAAGACAAUUUUUCCAAGCUAACAGAGGAGGAGCUGUUGGACAGGGAAUUUGACCUUCUGAGAUCAAAUAGGCUCGUGGAGAGGAGAACUUCCUCAGAUAAGAAUGUGGAGCCACAUUCUGUUCCACAGAACCAUCCUCCAGAAGAUCCCUUUGGUUCUGUACCUUUCAUUUCUCACCCAGGUUCCCCAGGAAAUGAAAUUAAUAACUCAGACAGCAGUCUAGAGAACAAGGUAGGGAGCCCAACCAAAAAUGAGAGGUCAAGCCAGGCUAUUGGGGACCGUGAAAAUGUAAAGAAGGUGAGAGAAGGAAACACGAAAAAAGGAAAUGAUGAAUCAGAGAGUGACUUUGAAUCAGAUCCUCCAUCUCCUAAGAGCAGUGAGGAAGAGGAGCAAGAGGAUGAAGUCUUGCAGGGCGAGCAUGGAGAUUUCAUUGAUGACAACGAUACCGAACCAGACAACUUUGGCCAGCAUCCUCUUCUAAUGGAUUCUGAUGAAGAUGCAGAAGAUGAUGAUAAACCAAGUUCUGACUCUGAUUCUUGUCAUGCUAGGCCUGUGGAUGAGAUGCCUUGCAGCAGAUACAGAGAAGGGACUACCAGUGUUGAAAACAGGGAGCCUAAUGUAACAUUUCCCGUGUUGACUGAAUUGCCAAAUACAGUAACCAAGGUGAGCCCCAAACAAGAAUUUGAUGUCUUUGGAGCAGUUCCAUUCCUUGCUCUUCAUUCUCAAGAGCCCAAGCAAAAUGAUAGCAAAGGUUUCUCUCCCCAGGCUACGCUCCCAGGCUUAGACCAAGAUCAGGAUGACUUUGAUGUCUUCACCAAAGCCCCAUUCAGCAGAAAAAUAUCUCAGCAAGAUGACUUGAUUUCAGGUUCUGAAAACCAACCUUCUCCCAUAUCACCCAAAAGUGUGGAUGCUUUUGGCUGUAUCCCAUUCCCUCAUUCCAUCCCAAAGAAUGACGAGAGUAAAGAGGACCUGUUUGGGCUUAUCCCGUUCGAGGAGAUAGCAGGGAGCCAACAGCAGCAAAAAGUGAAGCAGCAACGCAAUCUGCAGAAACUCUCCUCUCGCCAGAGACGCAUGAAGCAGGAAGUAUCAAAGAACAAUGGGAAGCGCCACCAUGGUACGCCAACAAGCACCAAGAAGACCUUGAAGCCCAGUUACCGCACACCAGAAAGAGCCCGCAGGCACAAAAAAGCUGGCCGUCGGGACUCCCAGAGUAGUAAUGAGUUCUUGACAAUCUCUGAUUCCAAGGAAAAUAUAAGUAUUGCCCUUUCAGAUAGCAAGGACAGAGUCAACCCUCUACAAGCAGAUGACGGUCUUCUGGAUCCCUUUGGAGCCAAGCCUUUCCACCCUACGGAACUGGUGCUUCUUCCACAGCAUCAAGGUUUGGGUGAUCAUUGUGGAGACUAUAAUGCAGUAGUUCCUGGUAGACCUAGACAGAAUUCACUACUUGGUACCAUUCAUUCUGGCGAUGGGAUAAAAUUAACAGAUGAUUUUGGGGCAGUUCCUUUCACGGAAUUUGUUGUGCAGACUGUGACAUCUCAACAAAGCCAGCAGCAACAGACAGUAGAGUUGGAUCCUUUUGGGGCUGCUCCAUUUCCUUCCAAACAAUAGAUUGAACCAGGAGCACUGUUGCAUUAUUUAAGGAUUUUCUGUACCACCAUAAACUAUCUGGUUCUUUUUGGUACUAUCUGGUACUAUUUUGGUACUAUUUGGUACUAUCUUUUUGGUUCUUUUUGGUACUAUCUGGUACUUUUUUCUUAGUACAAUUGAUUCAUUUCUCAGUAGAGAACCUCAUAUUUUAAAAUCUGCUAUCUUAAGCAUACAAUAUUAAGAUGGUGAAGAGGUAAAAGAAUUUCACUAAGACCUUCUGAUCUCUUUUCAAAAGCUCCUAUCUGUUGUUGCAGCUACUGCCUAUUACUUUAUCAACAAACAGCCAUGGUGUCCUUUUUACCAUGUACUCUUCACCAAAGAGGUCGUUACAAGAAAGGUCUGAUUUGAGGUGUGUUAUAACUGGCCUGAGGGGAAUGAGAAAAUGCCUAAAUAUGUAAGAAGCUGGAUUGAUCUGGGACUGCUUCACUUGCUUGUUGUGGGAUCCCUCCUAAAACAUCUCUGAACUUCUGAGGUUUCUGACUUGACAUUAGAUUCCUAAACAUCACAAAAAACCCAAACCUUUGUAGCUGUGGUUCCCAGAACUCUGCUUCCCUCCCCCCAGUAAGUGCCAUUAAUGUCAAACAGGGAUAGUUCUAACUCUUAAGAUCUCAAGAACUUAGUGGAAUACAAUAUUAGAUAAAGUUGGGAAUCAAGGAGGAAAAUAAAAAUACAUAGCUGGAUUCUGCAGCACUUCGAAGAUUAUACUGUUCCAGUUUGGUUUACCUGCAUAUACAACAUUCGACAAGACAAAGACAAAAGCCGGAAAUUUGGUGGCAAGUUCUAACCUGUACAGCUCUAUGAUAAAGUAGGAUUUUCAGCUAAUGUAUAUUUCUAGGGUUUUGUACUCCGUGGUAUACCCUAGAAAUGUCUUUUGAAUCACUCUCACUUAACUCGUUUAAUAUUUUUGAGUGCAUUCUGUCUCACAAUAUUGUACUUAUCUUGAGAGUUCAUACAAAAUACACGUAACUCUAAAGAAACUUUUAACUUGAAUUUAGGCAGUUUCCAGCACUGGAGGUAUAAAAACUGAAGCCUUUAAAAAAAAUGAUGCUGAUUUGAGUCUGCUACCAGUAAACUGCAUAGUAAACCACCAAUGCCUUACAGCCAGGACCAUUGUCCUGUCAUACUUUUACCUCUGAGCCAUUUGGUGCCCUUGAGACACAGUUUAAAAACAUGUAGAACUUAAAGGUGAGUAUUUGAUGCAUUUCUGAACUUCCCACGUGGACAAAGGUGUUCAUAAUGUCCUUGGCUGUCUGUGGCCCAUUCUUGACUAGCUGCGGGAGCUCUGGCAGAAUAUGUUUCACAUUUCAGUUCCUUGGGCUACAAUCUAGUCCAGCUUGGCUUUAUUUUAAACAUGUAGGUAACACUGUAGGUUUAAACACUUUUAAACACUGCAGUAACCAGCUGCUCCUAAAUCAUACAGAAGUGAGUGGUCAGGAUCCAUGGAACACUGCAAUGUAGUUCCAGUGCCUAUGCAGAAGCAGCUGACCCCUUGCUCCCAUGAAAUAUAGCAAACUAUUUCUGAAACUGAAAUGUUUCAUAUGUAUUGGGUCAACUGUAUAAAAGGAGUCAAAAUCCUACUUCAUGCAUACAAGCCUGAAAUGUUUUUGGAUCCUGGGCUUUGCAUAGACAUUCACAUUGUAAAUCUGACUUUAUGCAAAAGGUACAAGAACUGGGCUCUUCAGGUAUUGUUUACCUGACUUGAAUAUGAACUUGUGGGAUUAAGAAAUCUAAAACAGUGACUGCCCUGGGUGAAUGACUUUCCGUAAAUGCUUUCCCAGCAGUGGACUCUUGCUCUCCAGCUGCUGUGCAGAAGCAAAAUAUCAAAAGAAACUUUUUUUGUGUGUAACAUGAUUCUAAUACAGGAUAAAUUUGACAGUGGCAGAAGAACAAGAUGCUUUAAAAAAUGAGAACUUUAAGAAAAUUUGAUGUGUUUUUGGGCGAUCAAAAUAUGAUUGGAAGCUCUCUCCAGAUGUAUGUCCUGCAAUGUUCCACUCUUUUGUCAUAUCAAGCACAAAUCCCAGGUCAGUUAGAUGUCUUGUCAUUCUAAAUAUUUCUGUAAAGCACAUACGGCAAAAAAAUGGCUAACUGUGCACAUACCUCAGAAUGCCUGCUCUUUUAUUCUUGUGCCAAAGCCUCUUUGAGCUAAAUACAGGUUUUGUAACAAAGGUUUAUUAAAACUGUAACCGGACAGCUCUAUUGAAGUGCUGCUUCAACUGUGACAAGAUUUCCUACCCAUGAAGAGAUCAGCUGCGUGUUCCCAGCAAAUGAGCACACAAAUAGAUGCAGAGAGCAAACAUGUAUAUAUCCCUCGUGGUUGUUUCUUCUAUGGAAAGGUUUUCUGUGGAUCAAACGUACAAUGUUUGAAGCAGGUUGGAGUUGCAGAGUUAGUCCAGAGCUGUCCACAACUAGCCGAUUCCAAUGUAAUAACUUCUACUUGUGCGUUUGUAAGGUCUUAAGUGCUUUCAGGUGGCACAAAAUAGGCACAGCAGCUCUGGUAGUCAAUGUAACAGUCCCAUUAAAAGUAGUUGACCAUGUUGAUUUUGACAAAAAAAAAAAAAAAAUCUGGCUCAGGAACAGUAUCUAGUGUCUGAUCUUAACCUGGCAUCCGGUUGGUAGCCAGCUUUUAUAUUCCAAGCUGUCUGAAAAAUCCUUUCCACAAGACUCCAUGUGCUGUGAAAUACAAACACUAGAUUUAGAGCAACCUGGUCAUUUAAUUAUUUGUAGUAACCUAAAACCAUUGCCUGCAUUUGUCAGAGGGGUUUUCCAUAUAUCUGUACUACAUGUACUAUCUGUACUAUUGGCAGAUAAUUCCAUUCUGAACAUUUUAUUAUUGAGAUAUGGAAUGCCUUUGACCCAAGAUGAAAGUAAAUCUUAUCCUGCAAUAAUUCAAAGGCAGUGGGGAACGUAGAAGCAACACAUUUGCAUUGUUCUAACAGUUUCGCUACUAUUUAUCCUAAGAGUUUGUUGGUAUAGAAAAUAUACACAUUUUUCUCAGUCAUCACUUCAGGUCCUGAGACACACUUUUCAGCAGUCUCUUGGAAGACACCUGCACUGCUCAGUUGAUGCUGUUAGCUUGGCAGUGUAGAGUUAAUAAUGGAUGCAACUCUGCAGGACUGGGCCGUAGGCAAAACGUCUGUAGCAUAACCCUUUAAGGCCAAAAUAAACGUGUGGCCAUUGAGAUUGUUGCCAAUAUUCUUUGCUUUCUCAUAGGGCCUUGCUUCACGUAUUACUGAUUGCAUAUGACUUUAUUUUCAUAGGUUUUUGUAAAUAAGAACUUUUGUUGAUUUUCCUUUGUGGUUGCCGGGGUAUACUGGCAGACCCCACAGAAUUAAUUUCUCCCUAUGUUUGUUGCUAAAGAGCUGCAGAAAGCAGGUUUAAUAAUUUCCUCCAGUUUUGGACUUCAUUGAAAGAAGUGAUUGGUAGUUUGGGAGAAAUAUUUUUGCUUGCAUUGUGUACGUGUACAUAUAUCUGAAAUCCAGCCUACCAUGGUCUUUCCUAGAACCAUAGGAAGAUUGUGAAGUAUUAGUUCAUAUCGGUGGCCGCCAGAUGGAGGAUUUUUCACUACUCCAAUGGUUUGACCUUUCCAAUUAGCAUAUAGCAGACAGCUGGGUACAUCUUCUAAAAUCAGCUGCAGAAUUAGUUCAUCUUGAAGCAGUGUUGCGUGUUACUUCUGACAUGAUGGUCACCCUAAGGUGCUUUUAUUGUACAGAUUAAUAUAGCAGACAUGCUCCUAAAGGUUUUAAAAGCAACAGGAUCUGGUUCAAUGUUAGCCAUCAUUGGUAAAAUCAGCUCAUGGUUACUAUACCAUCACCCAAAUUUGUGUGAUUCAGUUCUUUGAAGGUACAGUUGUUGAUCUUGGUGAAAGAAACUGAAUCCAUACCCCUAUCCACAUAUCAGUGAGGGUGGGUGCUUACUACUUCCAUAAUUAUUCUGUAGAAAAGGAGGCCUAUAUCUUACAGCUUGAUCCUGCAUCUCUUGAACUAGGUUACAUGUGUCUGGUAAUUUUAGAGGGACAGGAGCAAUGCCCAAGCUUCGGGAGGAGGGCUGCCUAAACGUCUGUCCUUUUCACCCAGAAAUAACUACUGUGAGAUUGAAUGGCUGUAGCUACUACUGUGAGAAUUGCAACUAGAGUCUAUCUGAAGAUUUUUUUUAUAUGAUAGGGUGUAUUUUUAUAGAGAGAAACAUAUAUAAAACAUACAUGCACACAUCACAUCUCUUGGAGUUUGUGAUCUAAAACAACAUUGCAGUCACAAUCAUUGUCAUGGCGUUGGAAAAAUAAGUAUAGCCAAAAGCUGCUAAGAGUAACAAGGAAAUGCAAAGGACUGGCUGCCCAGUUAUUUUUCUAAAGCACUUCAUUGAAAAGAAAUAAAUAAAAGUAAUAGUGUCGAUAGCCAAGUUUUGUUUCUGUGACUAAGAACAUCACUCAAGAAUAAAACAAUGCUAUAUUUUAAUUGCUGGCAAACAGCUUUAAGUGCACUUUUCAAAUGACACUUCCAUUUCUUGUCAAGACUCAAAAUUUCUAAAGCUUUUUUUGUUGUGUGUGUACCACUAAAACAGAACUUUUGUGUGAAAUUAAUGUAGCUGAGAACAACUGUCAGUUGUUACUAAAUAAAUAUACCAGAUGCCAUGAUUCUGUAAACCUGUGUAAUUUUUACAACAGAGCCGGGGUGUUCUAGAUCUUGCCAUGCAAAAUGCUAAUUGAGUUUCCUGUGUAUGUUGCCUCAUAUGAAAAAAAAAACUUAUUGCAUUA